UAGAACAUUUUAGAUCAUGUGUUUUGUGAGUAGAACAUUCUAGAAACAGGUCUUAGUAUUUAAGUGUUUGAGUUUUGUAUUUGUUGAGUGCCUUCGAACUGACUGUGAAAACUGUUAUCUCAAGUACUCUAAAUCCCCGAUCCCUCACAUUUGGUGGCAGCGGUGGGAUCGCUAGUGCGACAGAUUUUCCACUGACCUACAGUUCAUGACUACUAGAUCAGGACGACUCUACAAGAUGUCUAGCAAUGAGGGAACAGAUGUUACAUCUCUCCGGGAGAUGAUGCAGCUGAUGCUAGAGGACCGCAGAAAGAGAGAUGAGGAGAUAGCACAAGAGAGACAGAGACGAGAAGAAGAACUAGCUGCCGAGAGAGAGCAGAGAGAGGAACAAAGGCGACAACGAGAAGAAGAACUAGCUGCCGAGAGAGAGCAGAGAGAGGAACAAAGGCGACAACGAGAAGAAGAACUAGCUGCCGAGAGAGAGCAGAGAGAAGAACAAAGACGUGCUGAGAGUGAGCAGAGAGAGGAACAAAGGCGACAACGAGAGGAGGAACUUGCUAGAGACAGACAACUGCGGGAGGAGCAGUUUGCAGAGGAGCGCCACCAGUUGAAGGAACAGAUGGCACUGCUUCAGAGGCUUGUGAUUGACAAGACAGCUCAUUCCCCAACUAGCGAAAGCAGGCCCUCACUGAAGUUGAGUCUGUAACGAGCAUAUAUAGUUUACUGCAACUAGCUAGUCAGUUUCACUUUAGCCAAUGUAUAUCAACACGAGGCGAGGUCACUGAGUACAAAAGAUGAUGUAAUGCUAAAUAUCGUGACAUCUUUUUUUUCCCCCAAAAAAACACAUAACUAAACGAUACAUAACCAAAUAGAUGACAUAAACAAAUUAACAUAAUGGUCCAUAGUAAAAUAAUAGUGACCCAUAAUUCUAAUGACUACAUUUAACAAUAAAGGUAAUAACAGGCUACGUAAUAACGCGUACUUGUGUUCUGUCCUAUGCUGGGACAUAGUUCAUGAACCAAUCUGGAGAUUUCCGAUUUCGUCCAGACCUGCGUACAGGUUUGGGUAUGUUAGUUUCUAAUUGAGGGGACACAUUCCUUGUGGUAUCGUUCGGGGCAGGUCCCUGUUCACUACUUGGCUGCUCUUCUUGGACUAUAGCUUCUGGGAGCUCAAUCUCUCGAGGUUCCUCAGUUUGAAUCACUUGACGGCGGUUUCGUCUGUACUCGUGACCACCUACUUGGACUUUAUAGCUUCUGGGGCCAACUAGUCCUGUGCAGACACCAGCACUCCAAGUUUUCUCUCCAGGUAAGCGCAAUCUCACUGUGUCUCCCGAGGUCAAAGGUGUUAGUGGUUUGGUUUGACGAUUGUAAUAGAGUUCCUGACGUUUUUUCUGCUGGUUUAUUGCUUGCGUGUCCUCCUCUGUUGAGUACUGAGGUUGUAAUAGUGCUCUGGUUGUGGGAAGGAGUGUUUUGCAUCGGCGACCAAGGAACCGUUGCGCUGGGCUGGUGCCUAUUCCUUCUGUGGGUGUGUUACGCCAGUCUAGUAGAGCCUGGAAUUCGGAUUGGCCAGCUUCUCUGGCCUUGGUAAAUAACCGUUUUACAGUCUUGACCGCAUUUUCCGCUUUCCCAUUCGAUUGUGGGUAGUGUGGGGAUGAUGUGGUGUGUUCGAAACCCCAUUUCCUUGAAAAUUCUGCGAACUCUGUUGAGCUGAAUUGUGGGCCGUUGUCUGACACCAACUCUUCAGGCACACCCCACCUUGCAAACAUGGCCUUCAACGGCUUGGUCACCCCAUUUGUAUUGGGUUUGCUAACAUUCUCGACUUCAACGUAAUUACUAAAGUAAUCACUCACCACAAGUAAUGUACG